CGACUAGUAUGUCACGGCACAGCCGGUUUGUUGGCCUCUGAAAUCGGGUCCAUUGCUUAGGGCUCCCGAGGAUGGAGGCUUUUCCCCGCAUGGUAUUUAAGGGUCUUCGCGUCUGGGGUACGUUUUGUUUUUUUCUGAGAAGGAGUUUACGGUCUCUGCACAAGGGGCACCACAGCAAUGCAGUCUAAGAUUCUGGCUACCUUGCUGCCUCUGCUACUGCAGCUUUCGCCUGUCGAUUGCGCCAGUAGCAGUGGGCGUAUUACUCGCGCUAUCGAAAGAAACACUGGACAUCUCGAAUCCAAUGCUUCUAGUAUCUACCAAACAAAGUUCCCCGGGGUGACGUGGGACGAAGAUAACUGGCUGCUUACGACCACAGUCCUGGACCAAGGUCACUACCAAUCCCGCGGUUCCGUCGCAAACGGUUAUUUCGGUAUCAACGUUGCCAGCGUUGGUCCGUUCUUCGAACUUGAUGUUCCGGUUAGCGGCGACGUGAUCAGUGGCUGGCCUUUGUUCUCUAGGCGUCAGAGCUUUGCUACCAUCGCCGGCUUCCUUGACUCUGAACCAUCGCUCGAUGAAUCCAACUUUCCCUGGUUGUAUCAAUAUGGAGGCGACAGCGUCGUUAGUGGUGUCCCGCACUGGAGUGGCCUCGUUCUCGACUUGGGAGACGGUACUUAUCUCGAUUCCACGGUGGACAGCGAGACCAUCACCGACUUCCGCUCUACCUAUGACUUCAAGGCUGGUGUUCUGUCGUGGUCGUACAAAUGGACCCCUGAAGGCAAGGGUUCGUUCGAUAUCACAUAUCGACUGCUCAACCACAAGUUGAACGUCAACCAGGCCGUGGUCGACAUGGAAGUCAUUCCGUCUGUCGACUCCAACGCGACUGUUGUAAACGUGGUUGAUGGCUACUCGGCUGUGCGUACGGACUUUGUGGAAUCAGGCCAGGAUGACGGUGCGAUCUUCUCCGCUGUGCGUCCUUGGGGCAUUUCGAAUGUCACGGCCUAUGUCUACGCGAACCUCACCGGCUCCGCUGGUGUCGAUUUGUCAUCUCGCCAGCUUGUCACGGAUAAGCCGUAUGUCAGCGCCAAUGCAUCUUCCAUCGCUCAGUCGGUCGAUGUGCAGUUCAAGGCAAAUGAGAGAAUGCGCGUUACCAAGUUUGUCGGUGCUGCCUCGACAGAUGCAUUUGAGGACCCUCAGCAGAUUGCCAAGCAGGUUGCUUCGAAGGCGUUGUCGAAUGGUUACCUCAAGUCGCUAGUCUCUCAUGUCUCCGAAUGGGCCAAGGUGAUGCCAGAAAACUCCGUUGACCACUUUAUCGACCCAAAGACCGGCCGCUUGCCCUCUGAUCAACAUAUUAUCGACUCGGCUAUCGUCGCGGUGACGAACACAUACUACCUCCUGCAGAACACUGCCAGCAAGAAUGCCAUCAAGGCUGCUUCGGGAGCUCCUAUCAACGUGGAAAGUAUCCCGGUUGGCGGUCUCACUUCUGAUUCAUACGCUGGCCAGAUCUUCUGGGACGCUGAUGUCUGGAUGCAACCCGGACUUGUCCUUUCGCACCCCGAAGCUGCUCAGAGGGUUACAAACUACCGCGUGAAGCAGUAUCCUCAGGCAAUGGCUAAUGUCCAGACCAAAUAUGCCGGUUCGAAGAAUCAGACUUACUUUGAUUCUUCUGCGGCGAUCUAUCCUUGGGCUAGUGGCAGGUUCGGUAACUGUACGGCCACUGGACCGUGUUGGGACUAUCAGUACCACUUGAAUGGGGAUAUUGGUCUGUCCAUGAUGUACGAAUGGGUUGCAAGUGGCGAUACGAAGCACUUCCGUGAGAAGCACUUUCCUAUUUAUGACUCGGUUGCGACUUUAUAUUCGAACUUGCUGGAGCGUAAUGGAUCCUCCUGGACCAUCAGGAACAUGACUGAUCCAGAUGAGUAUGCCAACAUGGUCGAUGCUGGUGGAUUUACAUUGCCUUUGAUCGCUGAGACUUUGAAUUAUGUCAACUUCUUCCGCGAGCAAUUUGGCGUCGAACCUAACGAAACCUGGGCCGAAAUGGUGGAUAAUGUUCAAUUGCUUCGGCAAAACGGGGUGACUCUUGAAUUCAACACGAUGAAUGGAAGUGCUAUGGUCAAGCAGGCUGAUGUGGUUCUCAACACGUAUCCGUUGGGCUACACUGACAACUACACCGCUGAAAAUUCGUUGAAUGACUUGGACUACUACGCCAACAAGCAAUCGCCCGAUGGCCCUGCCAUGACAUGGGCUAUAUUCUCGGUUGUCGCCAAUGAAGUUUCGCCUUCCGGUUGUGCUGGAUACACAUAUGGACAGUAUUCCUAUGAACCAUACGUUCGGGCUCCAUUCUAUCAGCUCUCUGAGCAGCUGAUCGACGAUACCAGCAUUAACGGCGGCACUCACCCGGCUUAUCCCUUCCUGACCGGACAUGGUGGUGCGAACCAGGUCGUUCUGUCUGGAUACCUGGGUCUACGGAUGCGCCCUGACAACUCUAUUCAUAUCGAUCCUAACCUGCCCCCGCAACUUCCUCAUGUCACUUACCGUACCUUCUACUGGCGAGGAUGGCCCAUCUCGGCAAGCUCCAACUACACCCACACGACCCUCAGCCGUGCUUCGAAUGCUGCUGUUCUUGACACAGCGGAAGCUCGUUUUGCCAACAAGACUAUUCCGGUCCACGUUGGGUCGUUUUCUAACAGCACGGUCUACAAGCUGUCUGUGACAGGGUCGUUGACGAUUCCUAACCGGAAGAUCGGAUCCAAGAACACCGUUGCCGGCAACCUUGCUCAAUGUCGCCCAGUUGUGUCACACGAUGCAUUCGAGCCAGGCCAGUUCCCUAUUUCCGUUGUUGAUGGCGCCACAUCUACCAAGUGGCAGCCUUCCUCCGCCAACCUGAGCGCGGUGACUGUCUCGUUUGCCAAGUCUGGUGCCCAGUCCGCGGUUUCUGGUUUCUACUUUGACUGGCACCAGUCGCCUCCAGUCAAUGCAACGGUGAUCUUCCACAAUCAGACCAUCGAAGAUCCGGUUUCGGCUCUUGAUAGCGGCGAUAUCGAGGUCGUCGCCGUAUUGACCAAUAUCAAGCAAUCGAAGCCAUACGAUCCGGAGACAGUCAACCUGGAUGAAAUCAUGUUGCCCGAAAGCAAUACCACCAGGAUUGAUCUGUCUGGACCCGUUCCGGCGGCACGCUAUGCCACUCUACUCAUUUCUGGUAACCAAGCGGCCCCUGAUGCGGAGGAUGGCGUCGGCGCUACCGUGGCUGAAUGGGCUAUUCUUGCUGAUGGCCAUAAGUCUUCUGAAUCUUCCGACGACAAAGAUAAGAGGAAAAUCAGUAUGAGGGACGCUGCUGCUUUGUCGAGUGGGGGUUUUGCGGGGCGGAGGCAAGUCGGCCGGGGUUAG